ACACCCAGAGUAAGGUUCAUGUGAGGACGGGAGCUCGUGAGGACGGGAGCUCGUGUGGGCGCACCCACUUGGAUGUGCCGGAGGCAGUAACGUCAUAGGUUGUCUCCCUUGGCACCCACUCUCCUGUGUAAAUUACAAAAUACGCUUUGUCGCGUUUAGAGGUUUGAGGGAUUGAAAAAAGGGCUAUGUCAGACGCUGAGGAAGACAGUAGCCCCUAUGAGCAGGGUGAACUGGCCCCCAGCCCUGACUACAGAGAACAGGACGAUGACCCUGAUAGUCAGCUUUCGCUAUCUCCACAAUCAAGGGAAGCUAUAGAUGAUGAUGAAGACGAAGAUGAAGAUGUUGUACACACAAGCAAAGACAA